UGGCUGCAGGGGACGGGUAUCAGGUUGCUGAUUUCCCUGGUUUUACAUGGAGCACCUGUGUUUGAAACAUUUAAAACUCUUUUUUCUGGGAAGUCUGGAGCUUUCAGAGGGAUCUGUUUCUUGAAAAUGCCCAAACAAACAAAAACUCUCAGUUUGGAGAUAGAACCGCGAUGGAGACCUGCACUGUCCGAACCAUGCCGUGCAGGGAACAGACUGUAGUUUCCGUUUGAGUCCCAAAUUUUGACCGGAGCGACUAUGGACAAGUUCCUCCAGAUCGCUCCGCACUCCCUGGCGCUGGUGCUGUCGCGCCUUUGCAGAGUAGAUGGAGAGGACUCACCGUCGCCACCGGCCUUGCUCUCAGUAAACUUAAAGCAUCACUCUGGCUAUGAGGUCUUCGCUAAUUUCAAAGCCGUCAACAUGCAGCAUUUCUGGAACAAGGCGCUGACACACGCGCUGACAGAGAUCUUCUUCCUGGGCUGGAUAGAUGAGCAUGUGCUGCUGAUCCAAGGGAAAGAGGUGCACCUUCAGGUCCUCAGGAACGGAUGGACGAGACGGACCUUGCAACCUCCCGAGGGCUUUGACAUCAAAUACAUAGGUGACGUGUCUCCGAUCAGUAUGUCACCUAUCAGCCAGUCACAGUUCAUCCCGCUGGGAGAGAUCUUGUGCUUGGCCAUCUCUGCUAUGAACUCUGCCCACAAGCCUGUCAACCAGGAGGCACUGGUGGAGCACCUCACUGCCAGCUUCCCAGGUGUGCCUACACCCAGCUCAGAGGUUUUGCGACAUACCCUAAACAUGCUGGUGCGAGAGAGGAAGAUCUACCCAACUCCAGAGGGCUACUUCAUUGUCACUCCCCAGACCUACUUUAUCACUCCUUCUCUCAUCAGAACAAACAACAAGUGGUAUCACCUGGAUGAUCGACUGCAAGAGCGUCCACAGCCGCAGCAGCAGCAGCAACAACAGCAGCAGCAACAACAACAACAACAACAACAGCCACAGCAACAACCUCAGCAUUGUGCUACACCUCAGUCUGGCAAUGCCACACCAUCCACGCCUGGCUGUCUGAGGGAGAGGCCUCCUCGCAAGAAUAACAAUGAUUCGUACAAUUCCUAUCGCGAAGACCCGUCCAAACAUCACCCCCCUGCACUCCCGAGCAAGUCACCAAAGGAGCACAGGGGAGAUUCCUAUCAAAGUAAGCCACCCAAGGAUCACAGCGGCGGGGAUCCUCCGCCGAGUGCGUCAGCCAAGGAGCACCGAGGUGAGCCGCCAUCGUACCCCCAUCCCCCGGCUCCCACCUCUCCCCCUGCCCAGCAAUCGCCGUCUCAAGAUCCAGCUGAUAAGGGCAAAAGCAUCACUUCUUUCCCCUAUAAAACUGACACUCUGACCAAAAAGAAAGAAGGAAGUGGUGGUGGUGGCGGAAGCGGCGAGAAGCAAUCCAAAAGGUUCGGACUCAGGCUCUUUAGGCUGAGUUUUAAGAAGGACAAAAUGAGGCAGCUGGCAACCUUCUCAGCCCAGUUCCCUCCGGAGGAGUGGCCGCUUCGUGACGAGGAUGUGCCAACCACACCCAUCCCCCGCGAAGUGGAGAUGGAGAUCAUUCGCAGAAUCAACCCCGACCUAACGGUGGAGAAUGUUGCGAGGCACACGGCUGUGAUGAAGAGGUUAGAGGAAGAGCGCACGCAGAAGAACAAAGCGGGGUCUUCAGCCCAGCACAGCGCACGCAGCAGGAGGGGCAGAGGCCACCGGAGGGCUCCUCAUGGUAAGUCCCGUUCUCAUAGCAAACCGCGGACCUCCAGGGGAGACCCAUCUGAGGGUUCAAACUGGGAUCUUGUGUUCAUGGAAAGGGAUUACCGCUUCUUUAGCCACUCGUUAGUUCGCUCACCCCGAGAGGCUAUGUACACCUUGGAGCGCAGGCGAAGUGGCGGAGCGACAUACCUGGUCCACAGCAACCCCAACAUCACUGAGUCAUACUGCCCUGUUACCCCUGAGUGGGAUGUGUCUGGGGAGCUAGCUAAGAGACGGACAGAGAUGCCCUUCCCCGAGCCUUCACGUGGAACAUGCCAGUCCAGAGUGCAAAGGAGUCACAGUCACAAUCAGGACAGGAAGUCUCGUCACGAGAGGUCAGAUCAGGCGAAAGAACGAUCUCGGUCCAUGGACAACUCUCUAAAAGGCCCGUCACUGGGUGCACCAGAAGACUUUGAACCAAGUCUGGAGGAGCGUAGUCAUUACUACACUGAUGAUGGCACCCUGCGGGCCACGCAGAAGUCCUCCCAUUACUCAAGGAUCAUGUUCUCUGCUGCUAAGUUCCACUCUGAUUUCAAUGUGCCUGAUUUGGGGAAAGGGAGUUUGGAUGAGUCAAGGAUCCGGAGUACAAUGGAGAGGAACAAAAGCAGAGACAGCCUGCCAACGUACAAUGAGCUAAUGGGACUUUCUUCUAAGCCCUCAACAGAUGAGUACUUCCAGUGCAAUACGUCAAAUGAAACAAUCUUAACUGCCCCUUCGCCUCAGGCAAAAUCAGAAUAUGACACAUUAACCUCAUCAGGGGGACUCCGAAAGGGCUCUCCGGCUGACCGCCAAACGCCUCACCUCACCUCUCCUCACACGAUGGAGUACAAAGAGGACUUGUCGGCAGCAAAAGGACAGAACGGCUCAACGCGACUGACGCCAAGCCAGACGCCGGAGCCGGCGCAAAAUGCCCGUUUGACGCCACACCAACACAAUGUCGAUCCCGGAGGGGGAGGAGGUGGUAUGGUGAUCAAGAGGAAAGAAAUCUUCAGCAAGGACACUUUGUUCAAACCUCCACACAAUGCCUUGUCCAGCGGCUACGUGGACAGCAGCUACACCAAGUCUGGCACAUUGCGGAAAGCCUCACAUGCCAAAUCAACAGAGGCCCUAGACAAUCCUGAGCCCCAGCAGCCUUCCAAUUCAGCGACUUCCUCAGCGUCACCUGCAGUUUUACAGGGCUGCUUAGAGCCAACAGUCCCCUCCGCCUCCUUUGACUAUUAUAAUGUAUCCGACGACGAGGAAGAGCCAGAGGAGGACUCGCACAAAGAGUUGGCUUCGGCAGAGGACAACAAAGACCACGGGGAAGGGGGUGGUAAUGGUGGAGGCAGUGGUGGUGGUGGGGAGGGAACCAUGCAGUGGCUCCUGGAACGGGAGAAGGACCACGAUCUGCAGCGAAAACUGGAGACCAAUCUGACUUUACUCAGCCCCAAGGAGACAGAGAAUAGCAGCAGCCAGAAGUCAGCCCACUCUGCCCGUUUGGACAGCAUGGACAGCAGCAGUGUCACGGUGGACAGUGGAUUCAACUCCCCCAGGACACGUGAAAGCCUUGCAUCCAACACAUCCAGCAUAGUGGAAAGCAAUAGACGGCAAAAUCCAGCGCUGAGCCCCGGCCACAUUGGCACCAGUAGUAUCGGACUGCCAUUCAGCUUUCGCACCAUCCCAGAGCCCCCCACCACACAGCCUGAGAAACUCCAGAAGUCAUCGAACUGCCUGGCCUCCAUCACCAGCGUCUGACAGGCAGCACAGACUGAGACCAUAACGGUGGUGGAGGAGAGAGGAAAGUGGGGUGCUUCACCAGUUUUUUCCACCCACGCUUUCCUCAACCAAUACACACACAUAAACACUCACACGCGUACAUCUUCAGACUCCUGAGAAUCCAUUUACUGGGACUGUUAUAAAAACAGGCAUGGCUUCAAUAGACUGUUCCCACAGCUUCAAGAACUUAACUGCAAAAAACAGAAGAAAAACUACAGAAUAUCCAGACAACUGUAGGUGAAGGAACCUACCUGAAGUACUUUGAUUUUGGUGACAUGGACUCUAGUUUGGCUUAUAUCAAGAUUCUUGACUAUUGGUAUUGGAAAGUAGUAGACUAUAGGAUUCAAGUUACAUUUGGAAAUAUCAAGGAAAAAAACAACUUUUUAUAUUGCUUAACAAUACAUGUCCAAUUAAAUGUUCUCCUUCCUGAAAUAGUUCUUCAGGACGAUUUAAUGUAUCAGCACAAUGUCAAGAUAAUAAAAGUUGAUCCUGAGAACAACAAAUGAAAGAUAUUAACACAUAAAUCAGCUCAGAUUUGUGUACCGCAAUGCAAAUUAUGUAUGUAUACUCGAUACUUUUGAUAUCCUAAUUAUUAUAAUGGUGGUAUUAAAGAUGCUAUGUGACCAAAAA